GGCGGGGUGCACGCACAUAUAUGAGUGGGAGUGGGAGGUCGCCAUGUGUGUUGCCAAACCCUCCCCCUGUCCCCCCCAAAGCCGACACUGGAUGCUGGGAAGUUCCUUACAAACUGACGUCUCUUGUCGGGGGCUCGCCUCCCUCUUUUUCACCCAGCUUGUACUUUGUACUUUCACCCCGACUCAAGUCCAAAGAUCUCCGCUGAUUUGACCGUGAAGGCUGCACUUGCUCAGCUUGGUUAAACUUUCUUCGAAAUUCCAAAUAAGCUUGCAAAAAAAAAAACAAAAAAAAACAUGUCAGCAGCGAGGCUAGGCUGCCUCUCGCCCGGCAAACUUGUCCGCUUCAGCUGGAGCCGAGGACGGGGAGACUCGCUCGCCAUUGGCCGCGGUUGUUGUGGAGGGGGUUCCGUGGUGCGUUCACUGACCUCUCCCCAUCUGUCCGCCAGAGCCAUGGCCGGCCUGAGCUCCACGCGAUGCGGGCUGCCGAAGGAGAGCGUGACCGAGAACGGCGCGUCGCCCCGGGGCAAAGUGUUGACCAUCGACACCAUGAACCCCACCGUGAAGAUGGUGGAAUACGCCGUGCGGGGGCCCAUCGUGCAGCGGGCCGUGGAGCUGGAGAAGGAGCUCUCGGAGGGGAGGAAGAAACCCUUCAAUGAGGUCAUCAAGGCCAACAUUGGUGAUGCACACGCCAUGGGCCAGCAGCCCAUUACCUUCUUCAGACAGGUAUUGGCGCUCUGCUCCUAUCCUGAGCUUCUCAACGACAGCACAUUCCCAGAGGAUGCUAAAAGUAGAGCGCGACGCAUUCUGCAGUCAUGUGGCGGCCACAGUAUGGGUUCUUACACUGCCAGCCAAGGCAUCGACUGUGUACGCUGGGACGUGGCCCGCUACAUCGAACAAAGGGACGGCGGCGUGGAGUGCGACCCGGAUGACAUCUACCUCACAACGGGCGCCAGCGACGGCAUUGUGACCAUUCUCAAGCUGCUGGUGUGCGGCGAAGGCGCAGCCCGCACCGGCGUCAUGAUCUCCAUCCCUCAGUACCCCCUGUACUCGGCCGCCCUCGCCGAGCUGGGCGCCGUGCAGAUCAACUACUACCUCAACGAGGACAAGUGCUGGAGUCUGGACAUCAGUGAGCUGCAGCGAGCUCUAGAGGACGCCAGGCGCUACUGCAACCCCCGUGCCCUGUGCAUCAUUAACCCAGGGAACCCCACCGGUCAGGUUCAGAGCAGGAAGUGCAUCGAAGACGUCAUCCGAUUCGCCGCCAAGGAGCGCCUUUUUCUCAUGGCCGACGAGGUUUACCAGGACAACGUGUACGCCGAAGGCUGCCGCUUCCACUCCUUUAAGAAGGUCCUGUUUGAGAUGGGGCCCGAGUACUCCAACACGGUGGAGCUGGCCUCCUUCCACUCCACCUCCAAGUGCUACAUGGGGGAGUGCGGCUUACGCGGAGGCUACAUGGAGAUCAUCAACAUGGACGAUGAGGUCAAGGCCCAGCUGACCAAGUUGGUGUCGGUGCGACUGUGCCCCCCAGUUCCCGGACAGGUGCUAAUGGACCUGGUGGUCAACCCGCCACGGCCUGGCGAGCCCUCACACGACAGAUUCUUGAAGGAGCGCACAUCUACGCUACGUGCCUUAGCAGAGAAGGCCAAACUGACCCAUGAGGUUCUCAACACCGUGCCUGGAAUCAGCUGCAAUCCAGUCCAGGGUGCCAUGUACUCCUUCCCUCGGAUCAGCAUCCCAGAGAAGGCCGUCAAAGAAGCAGCGGACAAAGGCCAAGAGGCGGACAUGUUUUACUGCAUGAGGCUGCUGGAGGAGACCGGCAUCUGCUUGGUGCCCGGCAGUGGCUUCGGCCAGAAGGACGGAACCUUCCAUUUCAGAAUGACCAUCCUGCCGCCUGCAGACAAGCUGAAGACCCUCCUGAGCAAAGUGAAGGAGUUCCAUCACAAGUUCACCCAGCAGUACUCCUAAAUGUGUCCUCACACGCUCACUCAACAACUUUUUGCCACAAUCCCAAAUUCCCGGUCACUUUUCAAAGUGCCUGCAUGUCGAAUGUUCUGACUUUGUGACACUUGGGCCUCCUGGCUGGUUGCUGAAGGAAAGAAGGCUGCCCUCUGGUGUUGGAAACAGAAAAAGUAUGUAAGUAUGGAAGACGUUCUUAGGAAAAUGUGCCAAGGUUUUCUCAUGUCAUUAAAAAAAAACAAACAAAUGAAGUUACAAGUGAAGAAAAGAAGAUGCUGCUAAAAAAUGUGACAAAUCCAUCGCUGAAAGGGCAUUGACCUAAAAAAUAGGCAGAGACCAAAACAUGUCUUGUUUGGAUUUCAUGACAGUUGAAUAAAAUACUAUUAAAAGAUA